AUGAAGCGAGACCGUAUUCUUGUUAAUAUUAUAAAACAAAAAUAUCAAGAGAACCUAUUAAAAAUGAAUGAACAAGAGUCGGCAAAGUGUAUAAAUGUAGAAGCUCAAAAUAAUAAAGAAAAUAGGUCAAUAAACACUGCCUUGCUAACAAAACCAUGUAUUAACCAACAAAAUGAAAAAAAUCUUGACAUACAAAGUGAUAAGGGUCUAAUAGAUGACUCUAAUACUGCAGAUUGUGUUCGACAAAAAGACGAAAAACUGACGCCUAACGCAAUUCCAAAUUUAGAAAGGUAUGAAGAAAACUCACUAAUAGUCAAUGAAGGAGAGACGGCCACAUCUUCGAACUUUGAACAACAGAAGAGCAAAGAGCACACGCCAAUAGAUAAUGCCUUACUGACCAAAUCAUGCAAUAUGCAGCAAAUUGAUACUGAAAUUAAAGUCAGUGUUACGGAGUUCAUAAAUAGUAUCCCAAGGAUUGUGUCUCAUUAUCUGAGAGUGCAGACAUCAUGGCAGUUUAUUUGCAGUGACAAAUCUCUUGCUGACUUAUAUCGUGAUUAUAAAGAAGCUCGUGAAAACAAACAGUUACCUUUCGCCACAAAGUCAACAUUUAACAGGAUAUUUAAUACAGAGUUUAAUAUUUAUUUUUUUGUUCCGAAAAAAAAUCUUUGCGACCUCUGUGAGAGCUUUAAAAACGCUAAUGAAGAAGAGAGAUUUGAAAUACAAGAGAGUUAUGAACAACAUCUUUUAGAAAAAAAACUAGCAAGAGACCACAAAGAAAAAGACAAGAACAGAAAUGACGGAGUAAUUGUAGCAGUAUAUGAUUUACAAGCUGUUAUACAGGUUCCAAAGGGUCAAGUUUCCUUGUUUUUCUACAAAUCCAGAAUUGUUUAA